AUGGCAAUUGGAAAAAAUAUUUCUUUAAAUUUAAAAGAAAAUUUAGAAGAAAAUAAUAAAAUACUUGAAGUUUUGGGGGAUUAUUUUUAUAAUAAAAUAUUUAAACUUCAACAUCCCCAAGAUUGCAAAAUUGCUAGAUUUCUUGUUUGUAGGUUGGAACAGUUUUGUGGAUUUGGAUGUGUAAUGCAUCAUAUUAGUUUUUGUCUGUCAAUAGCAAUGGGAACAAAUAGAACAUUAAUAUUUGAAGAUGAUGGUAUUAAAUGGAGUUAUAAUGUUAGAUGGAAUGAUAUAUUUGAGCCUAUUACAAAUUGUAAUUAUGGUGAAGAUAUUGCCCCUUGGCUUCCAAUAAAUAAUUACAAAGAUAUUUCUGCAAGAAUUGAAAGACAAUUAUUUUUAGAUAGGAGAAGUGAUAUUCCUUUUGAAGUAAAUUAUCAGCCAGAAGUUUUGCCAAAAGAAUUUUCAGAAAUUCUUUUUACCCAACAUUCAAAUCCUUCUCUUUGGUUUCAUGGACAAAAAUGGACAGAUUUUUGGUUUGAUCUUGAGAAUAUUAAAUUAUUACCUUUAGUAAAAGAUAACAAAAAUAAUUUAAAUAAAACAAUAAUUCAACAAAUUCCUCGCCGUAUUUUUAUCGCUACAGAAGAACCAAAAAUAGUUAUUAAAGAAGCAAAAAAGCAUUGGAAUGAUAAAUAUGAAAUAUUUUAUAAUAAAUUAGAAGCAAAAUAUGGUUUUGAAGAAGGUGAUCCUAUUCGAUAUACAAAAGAUUCUCUUUUGGCAAUAAUGGCAGAAAUUAAAAUUUUAGUUCAAUGUCAAUUUGUUGUUUGUACUUUUAGUAGUAAUGUUUGCCGUCUAAUUUAUGAAUUAAUGCAAACAGUUCAGGCAAAAGAUAUGAGUGAAGCUGUGCAAUCUUUGGAUGUUUAUUACACAGAAACAUGGAAAUGUUAA